GUUUCAGAGAGAAACAGAGAGUACUCCAGAGCGAGUUUUUAGAGAGAGAGAGAGUGUGUUCCACAGAAUUUUUAGAGAAAAAAACAAUGGCGAAAUCCAUUACCCCAGAUGGCAUUUCCACUAUUCUCUCAAACCCAUCUCCGGAUUCCUCCUCAGAACUCCCAGAAAUCAUCGUUCAAGUCAUAGAUCUCACGCCAAUCGGAAACAGAUAUAAAUUUACAGCAAAUGAUGGAAAGAUGAAGCUCAAAGCAAUGUUUCCAUCCAGUUUUUCAUCUGAGAUAAACUCUGGAAAUAUUCAAAACCUUGGUCUCAUUCAAGUUAUUGAUUACACCCUCAAUGACAUUCCGAGCAAGCAAGAGAAAUAUUUGAUUGUGACAAAAUGUGAGGCUGUCUCUCCUGCACUUGAAGUGGAAUUCAAGACUGAGGUGAAAAGUGAAGAAACUGGAAUCCUGUUAAGGCCGAAACAAGUAGCUGAGAUUCAGAGUGAGGUGAAAACGGAAGGAACUGGCAUAUUUUUGAAGCCAAAGCAAGAAAUAGUUGCUAAAUCAGCUGCUCAGAUAGUAAAUGAACAGCAUGGAAAUAUGGCUCCUGCUGCACGAAUGGCCAUGACAAGAAGGGUUCAUCCUCUUGUUUCCUUGAAUCCAUACCAAGGCAACUGGACGAUAAAAGUCCGGCUUACAAACAAAGGAACCAUGCGUACUUAUAAGAAUGCUAGAGGAGAAGGUUGUGUCUUCAAUGUAGAGUUAACAGAUGAGGAUGGUACACAAAUCCAAGCAACAAUGUUUAACGAAGCUGCAAGGAAGUUCUAUGAAAAGUUCCAACUGGGGAAGGUCUAUUACAUAUCAAAAGGAGCUCUAAAAGUAGCCAACAAGCAGUUUAAAACUGUACAAAAUGAUUAUGAAAUGACCCUGAAUGAAAAUUCAGAGGUUGAGGAGGCCAGUAAUGAAGAAACUUUUAUCCCUGAAGCAAAAUUCAAAUUUGUUGAGAUUGAAGAGUUGGGUCCUUAUGUCAAUGGGAAGGAGCUUGUAGAUGUUAUUGGAGUUGUUCAAAGUGUCUCUCCUACAAUGAGCAUACGAAGGAAGAGUAACAAUGACAUUGUUCCUAAGCGUGAUAUAACUAUUGCGGACAAGACGAAGAAGACUGUUGUGGUCUCUUUGUGGAAUGAUCAUGCUACUAAUGUAGGGCAGGAAUUGUUGGAUAAUGCUGAUAAGUUUCCAAUUGUUGCAAUUAAAUCUCUUAAAGUUGGAGACUUUCAAGGUGUAUCACUGUCAACAUUGAGUAAGAGUAUUGUACUGGUAAAUCCAGAUACACCUGAAUCAAAAAAGUUGAGAUCCUGGUAUGAUUCUGAAGGUAAAGGAGCUUCAAUGGCUUCUAUUGGGUCUGAUAUCAGUCCUUCAUCUAAGGGUGGAGUCAAGUCCAUGUACUAUGACAGGGUUUCCCUUUCUCAUGUAACCGGCAACCCAUCUUUGGGUGAAGACAAGCCUUCCUUUUUUAGCAUCAGAGCAUAUGUAAGCUUCAUCAAGCCUGAUCAAACAAUGUGGUACCGGGCUUGUAAGACAUGCAACAAGAAAGUCACAGAUGCUAUUGGAUCUGGGUAUUGGUGUGAAGGAUGCCAAAAGAAUGAUGAUGAGUGCAGUUUAAGGUACAUAAUGGUAGUGAAAGUUUCAGAUGCUAGUGGUGAAGCUUGGCUUUCUCUGUUCAAUGAACAAGCAGAGAGAAUGUUUGGGUGCUCUGCUGAUGAGCUUGAUAAGCUGAAAUCACAGGAGGGAGAAGAAAACCUAUUCCAACAGAAAUUGAAGGAAGCUAUUUGGGUCCCUCAUCUUUUCCGGAUUAGUGUUGCACAGCAUGAGUACAUGAAUGAGAAAAGGCAGAGGAUAACAGCCAGGGCUGUUGUUCCAGUUGAUUUUGCAGCUGAAUCCAGAUUAUUGUUGGAGGAGAUAUCAAAGAUGAAGACUUCACAAUAGGCUCCUUGGUUUAUUUUGUUCUUUGGAUAACGGUAGUUAGGAUUUGGAAUGCACAUACCAUUUUUGUAAUAUAUGUUUUGCAGACAUACAUGUGGUUUUGUUGCAUUGCAGAAAAAUCACUUAAAAAGCAGUUUUACGACUUGGGUUUCCAUGUGAUCGACUUUUGGGCUAUCGGGUUAAUCACUAACGGUUAUUUACCUCUAUUUGCAGUCCUGCACCUUAAUGCUUCAA